AUGUCCUGGCUAUGGGGUGGAUCGUCCAGUACGAACGAACCAACUUCUUCAUCAACAUUAGAGACUCCUAGCACUCCAAUAGAUAUGAGCGGAGGGCUCGAGUUCAGUUCCACAGUUCCUGUUAUGCCUAGCUCAUCUGAACGAAGCGACCCAUUCUCCACUCCUGUUUUAGCUUUGGAUCAGAUAAAGCAUGCUGGAGUACCAGUAACUAGGCAAAUGGCACCAUAUUUACAGAUGGAUCCUUCAAUUUUUGUUUCUUCUACACCGCAAUAUAUAAUGCCGGAUGGAGGUGUAACAGGUAAAGGAAAAUUCGAAUUUGCGUUAGGCCAUAUUGGCUGGGCCGUUGCUGGUGGUUUUGGAGUUGGAUGUGCCAGAGGAACUUUCGGCGAGUUUUUCAAUCCAGAAACUCAGAAAAUGUCAGGAAAGCCGUGGAUGACUAGAAUGGUUAAUGCUACUGUUAAACAUGGAUCUGGAUUCGCCCAACCUGCCGGUGCUGUUGUGUUUUUAUAUUCCGCUCUUGAAAUCGGACUACGAUCAGUAAGAGCAGAAGAUGAUUUAAAUGGUUUGGGUGCUGGAGCAUUAACAGGAGCUAUCUACAGAAGUACUCAUGGUUUGAAAGCCAGUGGAAUAGGUGCUGCUACUGGUGUACUGUUGGCUUUUGCUUGGCUUGUUGGAAAUCCUGAUAGCAGAGGUAGACUUCAGGAGAUGUUUAAUAUGAAUUAA